AUGGAAGAAGAGCUCCACAAUGCAGCUUCUGACGCUGGCGGAGCUCUUUCUCUGGACAACGAUGGAACGCAAAACUCGGAGAGCACCAGCACUGACGUGUGGGAGAACUUGCGAGAGAUUUUUCAAGACAUAGACUCCCAGUCCAGCAGUGUCGAGAGCAAGGCUCUCUUAAAGAAACCCAUCAUGCAUCUCCGGCGACUACUGGAAGUCCACUCUAUGAUCCGUGAGGCAGAAAACGAGCUGGAUAAAUCUUACCUUGGUGUUUUGUUCGAGCGAGAGUGGUACCUCAGAAAACUACAAGCUGUUGAGGCUGCAAUCGGGCCUGCUCCACCAUACGUCCAAACCGUGACAAACACCGGCGGCGUUUCUGCGGCAGCAGCAUUCGCCAUGACCAUCAGAAGCAUUCUCUACGAAGAUAGCCAGGAUUUCAGCCUGGUUGGAUCGAAAUGGCGGUGAAGAUCUAUCCUGUUUUAUUAGUACGUACUGCCUAGGGGAACAAAAGUUGUUCCACAAUCGCUUUUAAUCUACUUAUACGUACAUGAAGUCGAGACCCGGAAGUGCAUUGGCCGCACCUUUCCUCUCGGCUUCGGCUUCCGCUUCGCGCUCC